CAUGUGGUCCGGCUAUGAAAGGGGCAGUGGCAAGCUUGAUGCUGCCAGCAACAGUCAACAAGAAACUUUGGCCGAUAUCGAGCACAUUUCCACGAUUGCCGGUUCUCUCGGCAGCAUCGGGACCAUCUCGCAGUCCGGUGACGGAGAACCAGUUUAUGAGACGGACCACACAGACCUCAACUCGGAGUAUGACGAAGUCGAGCUACGCCGGGAACUCAUGAAGGAUAAAUGGCGUCAAUUAUUCGAUGCGUUCGAUCCCGAAGGAUUUGGCGAAAUUCCUGUGGACGAUUUUGUCGCAGCACUCAAAUCACCAGAAUUUCUCGCCAACGUACCGCCUAAUAAACGUGACAUACUGUUCGACCGUGCACUGAAAGCCAAGACCUCCAAGGUGGAGGCAAUCUCUUUUCAGGACUUUGUGAACGUGAUGAGCGGCAAGCGUUCACGUAGCUUCAAGUGUGCAGUACAUCAUCGCGAUCGUGAGGUUUGUUCCGAGAACGAUUUUCAUCUGAUAUUUGAGGAUCCACCACUAUUCCGCAGAAUGGUGCACGUAAUUGCAAUGGAAGUGCUCCCCGAGGAGCGGGAUCGAAAAUAUUAUGCAGACAAUUAUUCAUGCUGUCCGCCUCCGUUAUUUGUGAUACUAGUUACAAUCGUCGAGCUCGGGUUCUUCAUCUAUCACUCAGUAACGCUAGGUCCAGCGGAUCCGGCGGGUCCGGUUCCGAUCGAUUCGAUGUUCAUUUACCGACCAGACAAACGACAGGAAGUGUGGCGAUUUCUAUUCUAUAUGGUCCUACAUGCAGGAUGGUUUCAUUUAGGCUUCAAUCUAAUCAUACAACUCCUCGUUGGGCUACCAUUAGAGAUGGUACACGGAUCAGCAAGGAUAGGUUGUGUUUAUCUAGCGGGUGUACUAGCCGGUUCAUUAGGUACAAGCGUAUUCGACCCGGAAGUAUACCUCGUAGGAGCCAGUGGGGGUGUGUAUGCCCUUCUCGCGGCCCAUUUAGCCAACGUAAUGCUCAAUUAUCGCAAUAUGCAGUAUGGCAUUCUAAGGUUACUAGCGAUAUUUCUAUUUGCGUCCUGUGAUGUAGGUUUCGCCAUCUAUUCCCGAUACUCGGUGGAACCUGCCAGUGGGGCACCUUCCGUAUCGUAUGUGGCGCAUCUAACGGGCGCCCUGGCCGGGCUUACGAUCGGUCUGCUUGUGUUGAAAAACUUUGAGCAGAAGUUGCACGAGCAGCUACUCUGGUGGGUGGCGCUCGGUGUUUACGCUGCCUGUACGAUCUUCGCCAUCGUGUUCAACCUGCUCAACACAGUCACCGUGCAGAGGCUCGAGGAAGAAAGUGAAGAGGUAUUCAAGCAGCAUCUAUUCACCAACUUCGGUUUCUAGU